AGUAAUGUAGGUAUCGGUAUUUCGUACUGAGUCGAUUUAUUUUAGAAUAAAAGAGUGCAUUUUGAAUCAAUUCUUAGAGAUAUAACAUUUUACUCGUAGGACUGUAUAUAUUUUCCUAAUUAAAUCACACAAGUACUUUCUCAAAUAACUGUAUCGUAGUACCUAUUUGGCUUCAAUAAUGUCGCCUCGUAAACAACCCAUUAGCUUGUACCAAUUAUGUAUCAAAACUUCUCUUAGCUUGAUAAAUAACAGUUGUUAUGCCAUCGAAAAAAUGUAUCCGGAGGUCGAAUUUAAAGAGUGUAAGAAGCAAAAAAUAUAUGAUUUGAAAUGUUUCUUGAUGGCUACAUUGCCAGCCAGGAUAUUUGAUGCCCUCUGUUUAGAAAGAAUAUGUUGCCGAUACCGUGGUGACCCUCGUAUUCAACUCCAUGUCCUGAUACAUCCCAAGAUGACUGUCUUUCGCAAGGUUUAUGUUGACAAUGGUAUAUCACAACACUUCUGGAUCAAAACAGUCCCAUGGUUUAGUCGUUUAGUCGUUCUUGACUUGAGAUUCGCUUGUACUGAUGAAAUUCUUGAAAUCAUUGCCAGUAAAUGUCUUCUGCUCGAAGAGCUCAAUAUUGUUUCUAGGGUUGAUGUUUGUAAGUCCGUAAUAAAUGCUUCUGUCCUGAUAAGGAAUGUUUCGGAUGUUGGUUUAUGCUGUUUAAGGAAUCUUAAGCAGCUACGCAUACUAUGGAUGGACCCGCCGAGAAAUGAAAAAUCUAGUCGAGUCGGCCGAUGUGUCACGCAAACUGGAAUUAUAAUGCUACUGCGGGAGCUUCCUUAUCUGGAAGAAUUAAACAUUGAGUCCUGCGAUAUCGGUUCCACGCUGAUAGGCGCAGGUGUAGGUAUUGGCCCUCUGAGCCUCCGGAAAGCGAAUUGUCAUUGUGCAUCAGCAGAGGGUAUUCGGAAACUAAUUAAAAUAUGCCCCCAUUUAAAAGAAUUAUCGGUCACGCAUUUAUCAGCAAAUGAUAAGGAGUCUAUUUUGGAAGAAAUCACAGCUAGCGAACUUAGGUUAUCAGUGCUAAACAUGUCCUUUUUUUCUUAUACAGAAUCUUUACAACGCCUAUUGCAAGUACAAGGCAGAUAUUUGACUCACUUUUCUCUUUGGGAUAUUGACCAAUCUGUGAAUAUAGACGCAGUUGUACACAUAGGUCUCUACUGUCCCAACCUCGUCAGUCUUUGUCUCAUGACGCAGUCUAAUAAUUUAUUUAUACCACCUUUCUUCAGACGACCGGAUAACAUUUUUUCUGAAUUACGAAGUUUAACAUUAGGCAAUGAAAAUUUUAAACUUGAAGACAUGAUCCUUUUUUUCCUGGAAUUAACGACUAAAAUGUCGAAACUUGUUUUAAAAUAUCAAACGAAAUUGGUUGUGGACGAGUUAUUAUUAUAUGUAUUAAAGAAAGGAUAUUUGAGCAACAUCAGUAUUUUGUGGUUGGAUAUCACUUUGGAAGUUUCAAAAGACGUGGUAACGCAAAUUAUACAGUCAUGCGAUAAGCUAACAAAUUUAACGGUAGACCUUGUAGCCAAUGACGUGAUACAAAUUCUCCAAUAUAUCCACAAGAACAACCUGGAUUUAAGAUUUGAUGUGCAUGGGGAGUUUCGAAAUUAAAAUAAAAUAUAUAUCAAGAACAACGAUCUAAAUGGAGUAUUAUAACAAGUCUAGUAUCAAGAAAUGAAACUGUAAAGUGACAGAUGAUAAAUAAAAGAAUUUU